AUGUUGAGCAUACUCCCUGCUAGGUACCCCCUGCCCUCAAUCCAAGACCUUGCCAUUCGUGCCUUUGGCAAUUCCGGGGAUGCUUUCAACACGCGCCAGCACGACCCCGCCCUUGCGCGUCUUGAUGACCUGAUAGAGUGCCUGGACAUUGCCGACUUUGCCAAAUGGGCAAGCAAUGUUCAAAAGGCAUUUACAAAGCCAAUUCCACCCUCCUCCUCCUCUUCACCACCCCUUGCUCUUCUAAGUACACUCUUCCCGCACACAUCCAAGGAUGUGCGGACCACCUCCUUUUGUCUGUAUGCGCGGUACCUUGGAGCCUUUUCUUUAAAGCAACUCCUCAACUUUGUCCACCAAUCCAAGUCUUUAUACCCCUGCUCCACUGCUCACGGCCGCUUCUUGGUGCUGGAGGAUGACAAUGCUCAGCAUGGGGGUGCAAGCCUGCACCACCUCUUUCAUGUUGGCCUGACCACCAGCAGCACAGCAGAGACUUGGGCCCACAACAACCUGCAGAUUGUGAGCACGCACGCACGCACAUGCGGGCGCGCACAACUCCAGCUCUCACACUCUCUGCCUCCCACAGGCUCAGGACAAGAGGCAAGCACCAAGCUUGCUCGGCAGGCUCUUGCAGACUGGCAAGGCCAGCAUUUGA